AUGAAAGCAAUAGGCACAGGGAUUCUUCCUUAAAAUGGGUUCACUUCAAUGACUGUUAAUUAUGUUUAAACUUCAGUUGUUAACUCAGAUUGUUUAAUUGAGCUUAUAUUUACUUGGAGUGUUUCUGGAAUUACUACUUUGGUCAUUGAAAUACCUACAACAAAUGAGGAUUAAACUCCUAUUUAUGAUUCUGAAAUUUUCCCAGGAAUGAUGUCAGGAUAAAAUGUUCCUUGCGUUAUCAACCCAAGCAACGUAGGUACAAACAAUCUAAAAGAAAGUUAAACUUAAAUUUUGGAUUGUGUUAUCGAAAGAGGAGAAGUUGGUAAUUUUGGUAGACCUAUGCGUAUCUAUGUUAGAGGAUUCUCUUAUACUGCAGGACUCAGCAAUAAUCUACUUUUUAAAAUAGUCACACCAGCAGCUGUUGGACGCAUUGUAAACUUUAAAGUUAAAGCGAUAGGAGGAGACAAUUCUGUUAACUAGGUAGGAGAUUAGCUGAUAGCGUGGAGUGAUAUUUAUAAGGUUCUAGUUACCGUUGCUGGUGUUAGUCCAACAACAACUAGCCAGCUUAUUUCCUUUGACAGUCCAUAUCCAUUUCCUUAUGGAUCAAACGCAAGCACAAUCCGUAGUACAGCUACAAUUACUUUCAUAAAUGAACCUAUGCAAAUAUAAAUUCCAUAUUAUGUAAAUGGAAAUUAUUGUAUAAUUCCUCUUGUCCGUGACCCUACAGAUAUAAGUGCUUAUUAUGACAAUUCAGCUGAUUAAGUAACACUUUAUUCUUUGAAGCCAAGGAUCUUUUUGAUUUAUCCUAAGUUUUCCUAUGAUGUUUUAUUAAUGAAUCCUUAACAGAUAGUUCAUUCCUAAUAUACUUCUUCAAAGACAUAAAAACAAAUUACAAACUUUACUUUUGAUAAAACCCAGUACUUAGGGCUGAUAAUUUCAACAUUGAUUUCAUCUAUAAAAUCUAACAUCUUUGACACUUUUAAAAAUGCUCAAAAAAAUUAAGGAAUUUACUCCUUUAAUGCUAUUAAUAUCAUGAAUUCAAGUAUUUAUUCUGAAUUACUAUCAGAUGGCAAUGGAAUUUUCUCAAUUAGCUUUGAUGGUUUAAUCAUUCAAACAUCUUAAUACAUUACUAAAUGCUUCAUUAUGAAAGGUCUCAGAAAUUUAGGAAAUCCUUAAUUAAUGCCUACUUGUCAAGCAGUAGGUACUUCAAACGCUAUUAACAUAAUUAAUUUUGAUACAAUUGAUGUUCCUCUCUAAAUAGUAUAUCAGUAUGAUUAGAACAUAGGAACCUACACUUCUUCCGCAGCUAGUUAAUUCAUAAACUUGUAUAUAAAUUCUGCAUCUUAAAAUUAAAAUCUUCCUUCAUAUAAUUAAUAAGACUUGCGUAUUCAACCUACUCUUAUAACUUCAAGUUAGCUCUAAUUUUAAAACUUUGUUCUUGCUUAAGAUUUGAGCUCCAUUCAAGUUCAAGUAUAAAAUGUUGCUUGCUGUCAAUUUUAUAGUAUAGGAUCAGUCAUUUAUAUUCAAUUUUAAAUUAACACAGACGAUGAGUAACUUAUUGGUGCAAAUACUAAUGUCGUUUCGACAUUCAGCAUUACUUAUGGGGGAGUUGCUCCAAAUUCAAACUGUAUGAUAACAACUCAAGGGAAUGAAUAGGCAAGAGUCCUAUCAUGCCAAUUCACAGUAACAUCGGCAAUGACUCUUGAUAAUAACUGGGUACCAAUUAGCAUCAUUUUUACAGGAGGAACACCACUUGUUUAAAGAGAUUUUUAUUGGUUCAGGAUAAAUAUUUGUGAUUCUUCAUAAAAUAUAAAAUCUACUGUAUCACUUGAAUACUCAAGAAACGAUCCAAUAUCAACAUAGCCUAUUAGUGUUACCUCUAUAAGUUAGGCAGCAGGAUCUCCGACUUUGCUAAUUUUUACAAUUAAAUCUAUAAAUAUAGCACUUAAUCCUGUUAAUAAUUAAAAGCUUUUUUUAGAAUUUUAAAGUAACGAUUGGCCAAAUCAGCUCAUUUAAGGUGUAGAUGUAAGUGUGAGUCAUUCUUCUAUCAGCUGCUUGUGUUAUUAAGAUAUUUCAGCGCAGCCUAUUUUGACAACUUAAUGUUAUUUCCAUAGAAAAAGUCUACCAACAUCAACAGACUUCCUUCCUUUCCACUUAAUAGAAAUUCCCAUCACAGUUUAAUCAGGAAUAGAUGUAAAGUGUUUGAUUCCUAUGGUUUUACUUCCUCCAAUAAGCUCGACAAAUCUCAAUUUAGCUUUUAUCUCCACAAUAGAGAGUAUAAGACCGUUUUUCUCUUCAAGAAAGGUAACUCAAAGCUAAGCUAGGUACUAUUAAAACGCUGCUGCAAGUUUGGUGUCUAAAACAUCUUUCACUAUAUCCUAAACUUAUACAGUGACUUUUCCUUUGAAUAUUUACGAUGGAUCAGUUUUUAUAAGUAGUACUGUGAAUAACUAUUAAAUAAAAAUAACUGGUGCUACUGCAAUUGAUGUACCUCAAGUCAUAAUAGCUGUUGAUCCAGCUGCAGGACCAAUAUUUAAUAAAUAAAUGUGUCUGAAUUUUUAGGAUUGUCAAGCUAUAGGCACUUCAAUACUAUAUUAUAGAAUUUAAGCAAAUGGAGUAACAGAUUUUAGCACUUAAACAGCAGCAAUAAAUCUUAUAGACUAUGCUUAAAAAUUAUUUACAGAUUAUCAAAUUUAAAUAUAUAUUUACAGCAGUGACGGUCAUUGGUCAUUUGAUCCAAAUACAUAUUCUAUUCCUUAAUCCAAAAAUGGUCUAAGAGCACCAGCAGCUUAAGCUAUUACAGCUUCAUUAAUGCCAUAUUCUCUUAAUACAUGUGGAUACUUAGCUACUUAUGUUUUCACAACUGUUGUAGAGAUAGAUGACAUGAACUUAAAUUAUGCUUUCUAAUUAGUUUUAAGUUAGUCUUAAAUUCCAUAAGUGACCUAAGCUUGUAGUGCUAAAUCAUUGUCUAAUAAAGCUUUACUUCUUUGCCGCUUUACUCAGGAUGCUGUAAAUUAUUACUAUACAGUAACAAUUCUACGUACAAAUGUCAAUAUAGUAAACAAAUCUAUGAAAAUAUCUAUUACUUUAGAAUUGAAAAACCCUUCUCCAGCUUCAGCAACUCUGCCUACAGCAACUGCGAAUUACGAAAUACGCUAUUACAGAAAAUUUAUAUCCUAAUCUAACUACUAAAUGAUUUCAUCAAACUCUAAUACCCUUACUUUCGACAACUCUUAGUAAGCAGCUGGGUUUACACAGUAUUCAAGAACUUACUUAAAAUUUUAUAGAUUUUCGCCAAUAGUUCCCUGUGAUGGAACUACCAUCACCACUUGCCCGAUAAGAUUUUUCUAUUAAAAUAACCUUCCAGCUACAAAUUAUAACACCCUACAAAUAUAAGUAACUACAUAAACUACUCCUACUUCUACCAAAGUUCCAGUUACUUGCCUGGCUAAAAUAAAUAAUCCUAAUGGUAGUUAUACUAGAAAUCCUCUAAAUUGUAACUUCAUCUCAUUAUCAGGGAUUGUUUAAAUAACAAAUCCGACUCCUAAUACUAUUAUAGGACCAGGAAUAACGUACGAAAUAAUAAUGACUUUAGGAUAUUUAAAUCUCCCAGUAAAUGAUUUCAGCAAUAUUAGCUAUUUAGCAAGUGUAACAACUAAAAUUAAUAAUUAAAAUGUAUUGAUAACUCAAAGGUAAGUAACCUAAUAUCUUGGAACGAGUAAUGCUUUAUUUUAAAAAUUCUUUAUUCUUAGCGCUUAAGAGUCCUAAGUUUCUUCUAUUUACUUUGAGGCUACACUGACUAAUGCUCAAAUAGCAACUAAUUUAUUCCCAGCUUCCUACAUUGAAGUCUUGUUACCACAAAUAGAUUAUACUUCUCCUAUAACUCAAUUUAAGAUAGGAUAGCAAAUACCAUGUGAUAUAACUUCUAAUAUGGCAAGUAUACCAAAUUAUUAAUCUCCUAUUUGUACUAUGAACUUAAAGUCAAGUACAGGGCCAGUAUUUGUUCGUCUUGAAAAAAUUAACUCCUACAGUGCAGGAGCUUUGCUCACUUUAGCUAUAGAUGAUAUCAAAUUGGUUACUCUGACUGAUUUGUAAACAUUUGAUAUGACAUUAAAUAUAUAAAAUGGAAGUUCUUUCUAUACGAACACUGCAAUAAACUUGAUACCACUAUAAGUAUAACCUCCAUAUAAUCCUCCAAAUUUAGAUCCAAUCACUUAUCAAUUUAAUGCAGCUUCUCUUUCACUAGGCACAACAACAUCUUAUUCAGGUUCUAUCACUUGGCCAAUAAAUACAUAAUAAUCAUAAUUCGGUGAUAAAUACAGAAUUUCUUUUGGUACAUAAGGUAUUAUAGGAGUUGGAAAUACUGUAAAUGCUUUAAUUUUUAAUGAUAACUUAAUUUGGAUGAACAAAUUAACUUAUAGAGUAAUAUUAAAAUCUCCAAAUAGAUCAUAAGGAACACCUUUUAGUUUAUAAAUUAGCAACAUAGUUAAUCCUGUGGUUGCCAAUUUAAUUUACUAUGGAGCUAAUCCAACUUUUAUCUCUGAGUUUUACUCUAUUUAUCUCUUAACAAAUUAAAUAAACUCAAACUAUCCUCAAUUUUCAACAUUCAUAAAUCCAACUUAACCGAUUCAAUUUGUUUCCUUCACAAAUAUUCCUGGUUAUUAUCCUUUAAGUAGAGAUGAGUUAUUCAGCUUGACGUUCUAAAUUCCAAAAGUUCUCCCAUUUUAAGAAGUUCUUAUUUAACUAAAGGAUCCUUCAGUUUUAAAAUUCAAAAGCUGUUUAUUAGUUCGUUCAAAUGGAAAUCAGCUUAGCUAAUGUAAUGUAAUAUCUUCAAGUAUACUAGGUCUUAUAGGAAUCAGCUAUACAUCUAUCACUCCUGCUACACAUUAAAUGUACUUCAUAGCAGAAAUAGAUUCAACAAAUCCAAUCAUAGUAAAUUUGUUAGUCACUAAUGAUGGAAUCACAACUUACAAUCUUUAUCUUAAUAUCCCAUUAACAAGUCCAGCUGGAUACACUGCCAGCUUAACAAGUAUGAAAGCUUUUAAUUUGAAUAAAUUGAAAUAUUUCUCAACAUUAAACACCCUAACUAUUACACAACCUUCUAUUUAUGCAGGAACUAAUGUUAAGUAGCUAUUCUUUGAGUUUUUAGCUAUAAAAUCAUUAACUUACAAUUCGAACCCUUCUUAAAAUGAGUUAAUUUAAAUAACUUUACCUGAUAACACUGGAAAAUUUUAACCUGUAGUAGCUAGUGAUGCAAAUAAUUUAGUUUGCUAUUUUUUGUUGAAAUAAUAGAGCGUUUUAUAGCUACCAAUUUAUUCAAAUAUGUACUUAGCAUCUUCAUGUAUUUUAGAUAAGACGCAAGCUCAGCCAGUUUACAAAAUAGGAUCUCCAAAUGUUGGUCUGCAAUAGGGAAAUACUUAUUAAGUUAUAAUUUACAUAGAUGGUAGCUAGAAUUCAUAGUUCUAAAUUCCAGUUUCUUUCUCCAGAGAUGAAUUAUUGUUUUAAAUGACUGGCUUAACAACAGUUAGUGAUACAAUAAUUUUAUUUACAACUAUUAAGAAUUUCAAUUAACUAAGUAUUAACUAUGGAAGUAUGCAACAAGGAGAAACUGAUAAUUUGCUAUUUUUAAAUUUUAAUCUUUAAAAUGCUCUUUAAGCAACAGAUGGCACCCACGAUGUUUUUGUGAGAUUAGAAUUAGAUUCUCAAUUUUUCCCAUAGGAUGCUGGACUUUAGGCAUAUUAUUAAUCCCACUAUCUACCUUAAUUUAACACUGGUAACAUUCAUUCAGUUUCGUCGAAUCCAUAGCUUUCUAGCAUGAAGCUAUUAGCAUCGUUUGGAAACCCAGCAAAUAAAAAAGAACCUAUCAAAUAUUCAAUACUGCCCUUUUAACAACUUUCUUCUUCCACAGCUUACUCUAUAAUAAUACCAGCCUUGACUAAUCCCAAUUUAGAUUGCCAAUUAACAUUAAGAAUCUCUAUUAUGAUGCAAGAUAAUACUGGAGACUCUGUAAAAAUAAUAACUAGAUAAACCCUUUUUAACAAUUAAAGAACAUAAUAAUAACCAAGUAAUAAUUUUUAAAUGACAUAAUAUUCUUCUAAUAGUCAAGUCUAAUCAAUAAAUAUGUCAUGGUCUACCUAAAUUACACAAUAUGGAUCUUCUCUAACAUAAAACUAAUUUUUACUGUUAGCUUACAAUAACAAUUACUAAGGCAUAAUCAAGUCUUCAUUUUAACAAUUCUCAGUUUCUGGUUUUAACAUUUAUUUCUUUUCGAACAUUAACUUAUAUCUAAUUAAUCCUUAAAAUACUUAAACUGGUACAAUCACAAUUUCUUUUAGCCCUCUAUCUACUUCUGAUGAUUCAGCAAGUUUUGGUUGGUAAUAUGGUAAAAUAUUUAAUGGAUUAAUCACUCAAUAUACAAGCCCUGGAACUUAAGGUACUCUUUCAAUAAUUACUAAUUUACUUGGCUCUAUAUAUAGAAAUAGAGGAUUCACAAAUGUUAACAGCUAAUAUGAAAUUGUUCUAAACCUUAAUGCACCAAAAAUACCAAAAGGUGGCUAUUUAGAAAUUGAUUUACCAACAUCAUAUCUGUAAGCAGCCCCUUCACCAGUAGGAGAUUUAUGUUUCCCAGGCAAAAAUGUAGCAAAUGACCCCUCCUCACCUCUUGUUUGCUACAAAACAGAUGAUUAUACAUAUAUAGUAUAAGGAACAGUUGCUUUUACAUAAAAUACUGCAAUAUAAAUCAACAUGUUUUUAGUAGGAAAAUAACCAAGUGCUUCAGUUUUACUUCCAACUGUUAAAGCUUAUGGACCAAAUGGCCUUGUUGCUUAAAGUUAUAAUAUAGCCUCUAUUCCUAUAGAUAGUUCACCUUAAUGUGUCAAUUAAGCAGUUGUUAUAAUGAAAUAUUUAUAGAACAUUUACUGUAACUAAUAUGGUCCGUUUUAAUUUAGUUUCAUACUAAGGCAAAACGAUAUUAUUUAAGCCUAGGGUUAAUACAUCUAAUUAACUAUGGAAAAUUCAUGGUAGAUUGCUCCUAAUCCUGCAGUUUAAUCCGCUUUUUACAAGUAAACAUCAUAGCUAACAUGGUAUAACUCUAUUUUCAGUGAUGUCAGUACUUCUCCUUUAGUUGUAAACUUACCACCUGCUCUAAAUUCAUAAUUCAAUAAGCAAAAAAGCUACACUUUUAAUAUUGACACAACACAAGCGGCAGUUCCAGGAUAAAACGGUAUCUAAAGACCUCAGUGUGGAUUUUAUUAAUUCAGCUUAUCUGCAUUUAUAGGAGGAAAUUCCAUUUCAAAUAUUGUAGAAAAAGAUUUCACUUAUUUCCUUCUCGAGCCACAACCUGAUACUACUUUUGUAUUUAAACCUUUGGUGUAAAGUGUUAAUCGUAAAACUGCUUACAAAAUGUCAUUUAAGACAAAUGUUAAUAUCCAAGUUGGAGAUCAGAUUUGGUUCUCCUUCACUACAUCUAAUUUUAUCAAAAAAAUAUUCCCAGAAACCCUAGGAUUCACUUUAAACAAUGAUGGCUUUGGAUAAAUUGACUGUGCAGAAAAUCCAGGUUAAAAUUUACUAUCAGCUACUUAAAUCAAGUGUUAUGUUCAUAAAGGCUCAGCAACUGCAAUUCCUCCUGUAAUGGCUUCAGUGUAAAUUCCUGUUUCACAAGCUAUAAGUGCUGGUACUACAAUAAUCAUCUGGUUAAGUAAUAUACAAAAUCCUGCAACCGUAGGUAUCGUAUCAUCUGUUUAGGCUGCAGUAAAACGCAAAUGUAGAAAUGACAACUGGAUGUGUAAUAUCUAUGUAUCAUAUAAUUACUUCUAAACGAUUGCAGAUAACUCAAACUAUUUGUAAUCCAAUUAAGUAUCAACAGCUACCAGCACAGCAAAUUAGCAAACUGUUUACUAAACAAAUACCUAACAUACUUUCAAUCUUAUGUUUUUAUAAGAUGUCAAAACAUCAGACUUUAUUGUUAUCCACUACUAAGGAUAAAAUUAUCAAACAUCAAGAAUGUCUCCCACUUGUACAGCUUAUAGUUUUUGCUUAGUCUUCCCAAUUGAUUAAAUAGUAAUUGUUCAACUUUCAACAUAAAUAGCUGCUAAUACUUAGUCCAGCUUAACUUUAUCAGGAAUGACAAAUGGUUACUUUUUAUUAGAUAAUACUUAAAAUUUCUAUAUAGAAAUUUGGGAUGGAGUCUAAUACAUACUAAAUGUUAUUUAUUAAGUACCUGCUAUCCUCUAUUCUUAUGCAACUUAAAGUAUGACAAUGACUAUAACACCUACUUAAGCCUAUAAUGUAAAUAUGCCUCCACCAACAACAUAAAAUUAUUUUUUAAGAGACUAUAUUAAUACUGUAGUAAUUUAGAUAUAAGGAGUAUGGAUCACAAAAGAUAUAACAAACUUUUACUUUACUAUUCCAACUUAAAUAUCAUAUAUUUAGAAAAAUUACUGUAACGCAACUCUCACUAUACCAAGCACUAGCAGAUAACCAUAUCCAUUAAGAUUUGACUGUAAUUUAAUUUCAAAUAGCAUGAUUGAACUUGAUAUGACUAAUGAAAUGAUUCCAUUCUAGCAAAGCUACAAUACCUAUACAAUAUAAAUUUAUCUAUAAUUUUAUAUUGACAAAUUAGCUCAACCAGGUACUACAGGAAACUUCUAAUUUAUAGGAGGAAUUGACAGAUAUCCUUAAAAUUACAACUAGUAUAGAGCAGUGUCUUUAGCUCAGCAAACUAUAAAUAUACUUCCUUAUGUUUUACCAGAUUUAAGUUAUCUCACUUUUAACACAAAAAGCUUUUUUGAUAGAGAAGCAAGAAUUUGCUAGACCCAAAUUGAGUUUUAUAUGAUUCUCUUCCCAAAUACUUAAAUUAAUAAUUACAAAAUAGAUUAAAUGGUUUUUAGACUUCCAAACGAGUUUGGAUAUCCUGCUGUAAAAGGAUUUGACAAUUGUUCAAUAAAGGGAAAAUUUAAUGAUAACGUUCUCUAAUGUAUCUUGCAAAGAAAGUUUGCCCAAACAAAGGUUUUUAUGUUACCAGAUAGCACUUACAACUAAGAUCCUAAAAUUAUUGAGAUUAACGAUAGCUAAGGUAACUUAUUUACAGCUCCUUGCAUUCCUGGUGCUUAAUAUAACAUGACAGUCGAAUUAUAUUCAUAAGGAAUAUUAGUAGAAAAGUAAACAAUUAUAACUAGCCCAGUUUUAGGUGUACCUCUAGCUCCAAGUUAAAUGAAUGUAAUUCCAUACUUAGAUGCUUAAAAACCUGGACUCUUUGAAUUUAAAUUCUAGCUAGGGUAAUAUUCCAUUCCUUAAGGUUAUGAUGCACCUUUAGCUCAACAAUAUUCUACUAUAGUCUUAACAUUUGAUUCUAAUAUAGGAAAGGGUUACUUAAAUGAUUUGGGAACUGGUUUAAAAACAGGAGAUGAACUAGGUUGUGUUAUAAAACAGCAAACACCUGCAUAACCUGCAGGUUUCUAACUGGCAUAAAACUAAAGCAGAUUGAAAUGUGUACUCUAAUAAGGAUGGGAUAGUGUAAAUCUUCCAAGAAUAAAUAUUACUGGAUACUAAGAAAUGCCAGCAGGAACAGUUGUCCAAUUUUUAAUAACAAAUAUCUAGGCUUUACCUGUGACUAUAACAAGCACCAUUUCUAUGGGAGUUGCUGUUACAUAUAAAAAUACAAAUGUCACAGCUUUCUUUUACUAAUCAACAGCUAUUAUACCUACAGCUGCAACUAUUGAUGCCAGAACUAUUGCUAACAAUGGUUAAAUUUAAUAGUAGCCUAAUUAUCCUUCAAGUUAAUAUGUACUAGGGUACUCUGAUUACUUGAUUUAAUUCACAAGUGGAAAAGCAAUUACUACUAAUGAUUAUAUCAGCUUUUAAUUUGAUUAAAAUAUGUUCAAUAGAUACAGCGACUAUACUUAAGUCGGAUGUGUUCAAGGAGCAAAUACUCCUUGCUCUGAAAUUCAUGUUUUUGGUAUUACUAAUUAAAUUUACAUAAAACCAGGCACAAGUAUAGCAGCUAGCAGUCAAUAAACUGUAACUAUAUAGAAACUUAACAAUGCAGCUUACAGUUUCUCAGGAGUGUUGAAUGUUUUAGGAUUUUCAUAGGUAAGCUAAAAAGUUGAUAUAGUUUAUCCUAUGACUACUAAUAUAAAAGUUGAUCCAUGUAAAUAAUUUAAAUAAGUGAUAAUUUCAAUAGAUAAGAUAGUAGGAGGUGAAAAUAAUGCAACAAUCACUCUUAAUAUCACUCCAGGUCAUCCUAUACCUCCAUUUGGUGCUAUAAGUGCUUUAUUUUCAUCUGUAUAUCCUUUUGAUUUGAUGUAAAUGAGUACUUCCUGUAAUGUAAUUUCAUAAACUCCAUAAAAUUACUAUGGCUUAAGCAGGCUAAACUGUGUGGUUAGUGCUUAUAAUAGAGUUGAUAUUUAUCUCAACAAUGCUACUUACUCUUAAAAUGAUUAGAUAACUCUAUAAAUUUAUGGUCUCAACACACCUAAUUUCUAAAACCCCUAAGAUAUUCCUAUUAUCUUAAGCUCUUACUUUGACUCAAACAUCUAUGCGGGAAGAAAGAUUUGCACAACUAGUACUUAUAUCCCUAAGAUGAAUUAUAUUGCACCAUAAACUUGCAGUAUGUUUGUGAUUUAAGGAUCUUCAAAUGUUAAUUCGCUUUCUUUGUAUACCUUCAAGUUUAUUUGUUAGUAUUAAUAUAUCAAAGAAGGAUCUACCAUAUUUAUUGCUAUUGAUCAAAGAUUUAGAUUGAGUAACGCUAUAGGAACUGUUCUUAAUUGUUAUAGUGCUGAUAUGGUUACUUUAGCAAGUUCAUAAUGUUAACUGCUAUUAAAUUCAAAUUAUAAAUAUGGUUUGCAAGCAAGCUUAAGAUCUAUCGAAUCACAAACAUUCUUCGAAAUUUCUGUAUAUCUAACGAAUCCUGAUUACCCUGGAAAAGAUUAUUAUUUCUCUGCAGAAAUAUCUAAAUAUUAAUCACUUUAUGCUAUAGCUAAUGAUUUAAAUAACUCUUUACAAUACAUCACCUUAAUUAGACCUAUAAUAUAAAAUGAUAUGAACUCUUAAAUCCAGAUUUUAAAUGUUCCUAGAAAUGCUGGAGAGAAAAGCACAUAUGCUAUAGGAAUUCCUCCUUAAAGAGUAUACUCGACCGCUGCUGCAAUAGACACUGUAGUAUUAGAAUUCCCUAGUAACUUUGCUUCUAAUUUAGGCCAUAGCUUAGUGUGUGGUGUUUACUUUUCAUUGCUUAAACCCACUCAAGAUAACUUUAGUUACAAAAAAUUGCUGUCUACUAUUUCAUAAAAAGAGAUUGAUUUAAAUUACUUUUAGAUACCCUGUGUGAUUAUAUCUCCAUAAAAGAUUUCUUUUAAAAUAUCUCAAAACUUAUAGUUUAAUUAACUGUCUUAAAAUAAUUGGGUAAAUUGGAUAAUUAAAAACAUAGUAAACCCUUCACAAUAUGAGAAAUUGGAAGGAUUUAAGUUUACUUAUUUCAGUUAAGGAUCAAUCAGCUGGUAUUUCUAAGGAAAUAUUUUAUAUUAAAUAUCUUAUUUACCAAAAACAAUUCUCUCAAGUGGAAUAUAAAUUUCUGAUAAUAAUAUCAAUACAUAAGCAUCCUAUUAGUUUGGAAUACAGUCAUAUAGUAACAUUCCCUUUUACAAUAAAAUGGCAAUUUCUAUUAGAUUACCUGUUUAAGUUUUCAGCUCUGUUGUUGAAAUCUAAACAUAGCCUUUCUGCAGCAUUUAUAACAUCACCAGCAAAACUCCAAUAAUAUCUUCGUAUUGUGAUUUUUAUCAGUAUGAACUUUUGAUUGAAAAUGCACCUUUAGAUUAAUUCAAUCUCACUUAAAUUCUAAUUAAUGUUACUAACAUCCUUAACCCGACAACAUCUUUCUCUUGCAAUUUGAAAGACUAAUAUUUAACUGCUAAUAUCUCCUUCUUUGAAAUAAAGUUAAUUGACUUGUAAAUAGGUGAUGUAUUAUUUACAAAUAAUAUUAACACUGAUUAAGCCAACUGUGUAGACUAUAUAGACAACCUUUUUAACACAGCUCUAGUUGGUCCAUCAAUACUAAGCCCAGGAUUGUCCUACAAUUUCACAAUUAAUCUUGAAGUACCAGCUGAUGGACUCACAAUUAUACCAUCCAGUGAUAUCAAUGGUAUUAAAUUUAAUCCUGAAUAAAUAUAGUUUUUAAAUUAUGUAGGAACUUCUAGUUCUUUUAAUGUGAUAGUCAGUUCAGACUUAAUGUCUACUAAGCCAUUCUUUAUUAGGUUUAAAUAAACAGAGUAAAAUGGCAAAUUCUUUUUACCAUUAGUGCCUCAUUAAGUUCAGAUCAUAGGAGGAUAGUAAGCAACUAUUAUAGUCUAAGAUAUUGAUGUUGAAACUACAGGAUAUCCUAUAGUUAUGCCUGUUAUAGUGUCUUAACCUCCAGCAAAUAUCUUAAAUUUGAUUGUAUAAAUCUCUUCACAAUGCUAACAUUUCGUCACAUUAAAUCCUUCUAUGAUACUAAUUGAUAGUAACACCUUCUAAACAAAUUUCACAAUUACAGUCAGUGCUAAUUAAGUUCCUUCUACUAAUUGUGUCUUGUACUUUUCAUUAUCUUCAUAUAGUACGAUAGUUCAUAAAUUAAUUCCAGUUGUGAAAUAUAUUUCAUUCUCUUUAAGUAAUAGUUACAUUAAUCCUAAACCUUUGAGAGUAAUUUUAGAUAAAUAUUAAAGACCUCCUUCUUAAUAAGCAGGAAAACCAUGUCUGAAUAUGAACACAAAUUAUAAUGCUUACCUAGUUAUUCCUUCAGUGUUUACCCUUAAGUUAAUUUAUACUGAUGCUAACCAUGCUCAAUUCAAAGCUAUAACAAGUUCUCUUGGAUAUUUUGCUGCUAUUUUUGCUCUCUAAGGAAGUCCUGCUCCUACUGCAAAUUAAAUGAAAAAUCCUUACACUUAUCCAUAUUUAGUAGCAGCUCCAUAGAUAAUUUAAGUCAAGCAAAUAAUCAGUGAUAAAGUAGACUAUAUUGCCUAAUUUAGUGUGAGUGGCUUGGAGUCUUAAACUGAUUUUGUUGUGUAUGGAAUGAUUUUUAAUCCAGAUGGAUAUUCUGAAACUGUAAACACUUUGUUCAAAACUUAAAUUUUAAAUUAUGGAACUAUCAUACAUAUCCCAUUGUAAGAUUUAUUAACACCUUAAGAAGUAAUAGACAAGCUUUCUAAGACAAUAAGAGUACCAUCAAGCAGAUUCAUAAACAUGACCAGCUAUGAAUACAAUUUAUAACAAAAAAACAGUUACUUGUAAAAUAAUAAUGUUGUGCCAAAUUAUUACUAUGAAAUAAUAUUGGCUCCUGAUUAAUAUAAUGACAAUCCUUCUCCAAAAUAGUUAGUAGAUAACUUUAUAGCAAAUUAGCUUGACAUGUUUUAGUAAUUGUUGCCCUAAUUAAAUAUUUAAGGAAAAUUAACUUCAUAGCUUUCUAUAUAAGUUCCACCUAAAAUUUAAACUGAACCCCAAGUAACUUAUUUAUCCUAUUAUCAAGUAUCAAUCUCAAUGAAGUUGGUAGCAUAAGCAUAUGUAUAUGCUCAAAUUUAGCCAUAUUCAAACUCAACUAUGUUAUUAUCAAGAUAGAUUUAUUAUUGUUUAGACUAGCAAAAUUUCAAUUAACUGAGUGAGCUUUGCUUUAGUGGUCUAACAGAUACAAAUGGAAAUAUUGUAAUAUCAUUUAACAACAUCUUAGAUAGCAGUUAUUAUUAGAUAUAUAUUACAGUUAGCACUAAUAUGAUAUACAAACCAAACAUUUUCUAUGAAGACAAUGAAGUCAGAUAUCUAAAAAUAUUUACUCCAAUAAACCAAAAUCUUUUCCUAGACGAAGGUGAUUUAACUUCCCUGAAAUCUGUUAAUCCCAGUCUUGCAGAUGCAAUUGAAAGAUUUUUAGAGGUUCCAUUCUUCCACCAUAUAUCUUAAGAAGAUACUUAAAAAGUUAUGGGAAAUCCAUAGUGA